UGCCCCAGCCGGCUGAAAAAUUAUUCUCGUUUGACAAGUCAAAGCAGACGCAUCGACCGAACCCUCUUCUGUAGCGAUGGCUCGUACCAAGCAGACGGCGCGCAAGUCCACCGGAGGCAAGGCUCCCCGUAAGCAGCUGGCCACCAAGGCUGCUCGCAAGAGCGCUCCGGCAACCGGAGGAGUCAAGAAGCCCCAUCGCUACAGGCCCGGAACCGUCGCUCUUCGUGAGAUCCGUCGUUACCAGAAGAGCACGGAGCUCCUCAUCCGCAAGCUGCCCUUCCAGCGCCUGGUGCGUGAGAUCGCUCAGGACUUCAAGACCGACCUGCGCUUCCAGAGCUCGGCUGUCAUGGCCCUGCAGGAGGCUAGCGAGGCCUACCUCGUCGGACUCUUUGAAGACACCAACCUCUGCGCGAUCCACGCCAAGCGCGUUACCAUCAUGCCCAAAGACAUCCAGCUGGCCAGGCGCAUCCGCGGAGAGCGUGCUUAAAUUUUAGCCACUCUUUUUUUUCUAAAACCAAUCGGCCCUUUUCAGGGCCACCAAAAUUUUAAACGUUGGAAUUAAUUAUCACGUUUAUCCAUUUCCUAUCCCAUAAUAGAAGAAAUUCAAUAAAAACAGUACUUAUAUAACUUAUUACAACUGAAAAUCAUUAAACUUAUAACAAAAAAAGAGAAACAACUUCAUUUAAAGCACUUCAAAUUCAAAUUAUGUGCCACAAGAAAUUUUACAGAAUAACAUAUGAAAUUCUUGAACAUUUAUAAUCUUUAUUAUUACAUAAUUGUAAACAAAAGUUUAGAAGA